CCCUGACAUGUCUUGUCAUUAUAGUGUAAUGACAUUUGCUUUAUCAUAAAUCAUUUAUAGGAUUGCUUGUUUUUUCAUGAAUUUUUAUUUUAAAAUUUAUUAUGAAACGAUUAUUUAUCAUAGUAGCAGUUUUUCUAACUAUUAUUACUACUACACGAGCUAAUGAAGUAUUAGGAUGUGGAGGGUUCUUGAAAAGUCAUGUUCCCAUCGAUUUUUCUAAAGUGGAAAUUAAACUGAUUACUAAACAAGGAAUUGUCAAAGACAAAACCACGGCAGCUCCCAAUACUGGAUAUUAUUUUGUUCCCUUAUAUGAUAAGGGAGAACUUCUUUUAGAGCUUUCUCCGCCACCAGGCUGGAGUUUUAAACCAAAAAAUGUAGCUCUGUUUAUAGAUGGGGAUACAGACUUGUGUUCUCAAGGAACAGAUAUAAAUUUUGUUUUUCAAGGAUUUGGAAUAACUGGAAAGGUUGAUAGUUUUGGUAGUGAGCCUAACAGUGCAGGUCCUAAGGGUGUAACUAUUCAACUGGAAUCUGACGGCGAAACAAGAACAACGUUUAGUGAUAAAGAUGGAAACUUUUUAUUUACGCCAGUAUACCCUAAAAAUUAUAAAAUCUCAAUUUCACAUCCCAAGUGGAAGAUUUUAAAAGAAUCUGUACAAGUCACUGUUGAAGAAGGCAACACAGAAUUGCCAACAAACAGUCUUGUUAUACAAGGAUAUGAUGUAAUUGGUCAGGUGAAGAGUGAUGGAGAGUUUGUUAAAGAUACCAUUGUGGUACUUUUAUCUAAACAUAAAUAUCCUUCCAUGAUUACAAGCUGCAAUGAAGAACCUUUGCAGGGCUUUAAAACUGAAGAUAAUUAUUUGUGUCAUGUAAAAACAAAAAAUAAUGGUGAAUUCUUAUUUCAAACGUUACCUAAUGGCAAUUAUUCUGUUGUCACUUACAACAAAAGACAAAAUGUUUAUGUUAUACCAGAAUCGAUUCAAUUUACUAUUUAUAAUAAUGACUUAAAUCUGGACAACCACUUUGAGAUUGUAGGAUUUAGUGUAUCAGGUAAAGUGUUGAGAUCUAAGGAUGCUGCUCUAGCUAAUGUGAGGAUAUCAUUGAAUGAUCAAGAAUUAACAAAAACUGAUUCUAAAGGUGUGUAUAUAUUGGAAAAAGUUAAAGCUGGAACACAUAAGAUCAAAGCAACAGCAGAAAAUUUCCUCUUUGAUGAAGUAUCAGUGUCCAUUGAUCCAUCUAUUCCAGAAUUACCAGAUAUCCUACCAUCAGCCUAUAAAGUUUGUGGUACCGUGACAAGUGAUCAUUCACAGACAAUUAUCUUUGCCAAAAGUGGUAGUGCAACAUUAAUUCAAUCAGAAUCUUCGCCAAUAAAUGGCACAUUCUGCGAGUUUUUAUCUCCUGGAAAAUAUGAAAUUAGAGUUGUUGUCGGUGACAAAAAUAAAGAAAAAGGACUUCAAUUCUAUCCUUUGGUUCAAACUGUAGAAGUGAGUUCCGAAAAAACAGUGAAUAUAGUAUUUUCCCAAUUGAAAUCUACUGUUUUUGGCAAAGUACAAUGCUUGGUACCAAAUGAAUGUGGAAAUCUGUCAAUUGUUAUGAAAAGCGGAGCUGAUAAUGAACAUAUGUUUAAAAUAAAGGAUGGUGUUUACUCUGUAAAUGAUGUAUAUCCUGGUACAUAUGAAAUCAGCAUAUUAUCAAAUAAAUUCUGCUGGGAAGUUGAUAAGCAAACAGUAGUUAUUGAUAGAGAGAGAGUUGAAGUUCCAUCUUUCAUUCAAAAAGGAUAUACUGUUGUUUUUGUUUCCUCACAUGCUACAAAGUUAAAUUUUAAAAUCCCAGGAAGUACUCUUCUAACACAUUUUGAUCUACCCAAAGGUCGGUCGAGCUUCUGCUUACAAACAUCUGGAGUCUACCACUUCAAUCUGGAAGGCUGUCACAGUUAUCCUCAACAAACAAUUAUUUAUAAAACGAAUGCAGAAAGUAAUGAAGUUUUUUUAACAGCUCAAAAGCAUGUUAUCAAACUCGGAAUUCAAUCCACUUCUGAUCUAGGACUUGUACAAGUAUCAGUUAAAAUAGCAACUGAAAAAACAGAGAGAAAAUUGAAGUACAAUAAUGGUAUUUACGAAUUGGAUAUUUUGUUGGAGCCUGGAGAAAAUGCAGUUGUGGUACCACAGUCUGAAAAAUUGUUUUUUACUCCCCCUAUUUUGUCUGUUGAAGGAGGAGAGGAUUGUGAAAAUUUGGGAGUUAAAUUUGUUGCUGUAGUUGGGAAACUAUUUAAAGGUAAAAUAAUACCUCCAUUAGAUGGAGUUAUGAUAACAGUAGAAAGUACAUCAGAUUCAGAAAGACUCGUUAUUGAUACAGACGAUAAUGGUGUUUUCAAAUUUCCUCCAUUAGAUCCGAAUAAAGAAUUCAAAAUUACAGCUGUUAAAGACUCUUAUAUUCUAACUGGACCAAACAAAGAUGGUAAUUUCUUAGCUCAUAAGUUAGCAGAAGUUAUUGUUGAAGUUUUGGAUGUAGAAAGCAAUAAUCCUCUAUCAGGAGUAUUACUGUCUUUGUCGGGUGGAGAGAAUUAUCGCAAAAACUUACAAAGUGGAGACGACGGUAAAAUUUACUUCAAAUCUUUGAGUCCUAGUGAAUAUUUCUUAAGACCAAUGAUGAAAGAGUACCAGUUUGAACCAAGUUCUAAAAUCAUACCAGUACUAGAAGGAGAAACAGUUAGAGUGAAGCUAAUUGCCAAAAGAGUUGCAUACAGUGCGUUUGGACAAAUCGUAUCUUUAAAUGGAGAACCUGAAUUUGACAUGGUUGUAGUUGCACGAGGUGUUGGAAAUUGCAGUCAAUAUUCUGAAGAAACAACUUGUGAAAAUACUGGUCACUUCAGAAUAAGAGGAUUGCAACCUUACUGUUCCUACAAUGUUGUUGUCAAAGAAGGCUUAAGAGUUAAUAACCUAAUCGAGCGAUCUGCCCCCGAGUUCAUUGCUCUUGAGAGUGUUAAAGAAGAUGUAAAGGAUCUUCGUCUGAUUGUUUUCAGCCCAGUAUCACAGAUGGAUCUUCUCGUUAAAACAUAUGCUGAUAAUAUAGAUCACUACAAGUCUUUACGUAUUAAACUAAUUCGAGAGAAUGGUUCUCCAACGGUUAUUCAUACUUCAAAAAUUGAUUCUGUCGCAAAAAUAACCAAAUUAGUAAAUCCUGGAAUAUUACUUUAUCUUCCUUCAUUACCAACAGAUGGAAAACCUUAUUCUGUCCAGUUAGAGUCGUCAUUACAAGGAACUCAACAGCAAAUUCAUUAUUUUAAUGCCAAUGUCUCUUUCAGAUAUUUGGAGUUUAAUUUCAGCUUAAAACAUAACAUAUCAGAUCAACCAAUAAAACAAACUUCUGCUUGGAAUCUAAUAUUUAUAUUUGGCAUAUUAAUAGCUGCUUCUAACAUUGAAUUGAUUGGAAAUUUAUUGAAAGAAAAAUUCAACUUCAACGUCUCUGGUUUAAGCAAUUACAUUCCAAAUUCUAGUCAAAAAACAGUAACUGAUUAUUAUGAUGAUGCUCAGAUAGAGCAGAUUGUACAAAGUAUCAACAGUGCCAAAAAGAAACCAAAAUCUAAGAAACCAUAGGAGAAUGGACUUAUCUCAGCGAAAACAAUUUUAGUCAUCUUUUCUUGGAAUAUUAUUUAUGAUGGUUCACAAAAUACUUUGGAAAUUAUUUUAAAAUUAUAAUUAUUUAUAUUUGCUAUAAUUUAUAAACGAUUUAGUAUGAAAUUAUAGUCCCAUUCAUUUUUCUGAAGUGAUAAUUUUACAAUGAACCAACCUUUUUAUGGUUCCCCCUUUAUCAAAUUAUUAAAUUUUUAAUAUCUCAAUUAGGAUAAUAGGGUAUAAAAAUAUUUAUCUCCUGAAAUACAAAUGAAUGAGUCCAAUAAAAUAGUUUUUCGAUAAUUUAGAUUGAUAGAAAUAUAUAGCUGCAUCCCAUAAAUAAUAUUUAUGUACAGAGCCUUUAGAAUCAAUAUUAAUAACACAUAAAUAAUUCCAACAUAGUAUGCAGUGGUAUGUUUUUGUUUAUCAUAUUUCGUUUGCAGAAGUUUUUUCAUUAAACUAUGAGCUAUUUGACCUUCGGAGAAUAAGUUGAGAGCAUAAAUAUUAUAAUAAACUAUUAAGGUUUUUACAAGAGUAAUAUACAAUUUAUUAAUUUACUGAAUUUUCUUCAUAUCUUCAAAAAACUACGGGGAGUGCAUUAAUGAAAUAAACAUAAUAUGUAUUAUGUGUCCACAACAAAGUUGUACUUUUUGUAACUGUUGGUGAUCUUUACCCUGAAUUUUGCUAUCACUAAACCCACACUCACAAUUACCUUUUGUAUUUAAUACCAAUAACGAGGUUUACGAAACAUGUGUCAGAGGGUCAUUUUUAAUGUAGUGGUGGUAAACAAUGUAUUCAUUAUCCAUAUUCUGAAAGUCACGCUACUGUACAAUUCAUUAAUCGAAAAAAUUUUAUACAAAUAUAUUUCUGAACUUGUAUGUCUUUUAUUCAACAAAAUCGAGUGUCGAAGUGAUACUUUAAGUUUUGGAGUAAAAAAAGUCGAGAGCUGCAUUGGUGGAAUAUAGUAAUUUAAGAAGGUCUGCUCACAUGCACAAUGAUAGCCAAGUAAGAUGGUUAUUUGUUAAGUGCAUGAAAUUUAAUUUAGAAUACAAAAAAAGACAUCCUUUGUUUGAUAUUUUUAUUCAUCAUAAAAAUCACGCCCAAAACUUGAGAUAACUGUCAAAAAAAUUGAAGCGCUUAAAAGUUUAAACUACCGUAAUUUUUUGAUGAAAUGUGUAUUAAAGCUGAAUCCUGAAUUAAUUUUUACUUAUUGUACUUGGUAAAAUUGUUGAUUUCAUAUAUUUAUAAAUAAAUUAUUGUUACAAUA